AUGUCAUGGACUUCAACCUUUUCAACUCUUCUUCUUCUUACAAAUCAAUCAUUAAAUCGGACAUUGUCAUCAUCAUCGAUUGGUAAAAAUACCCUUAUGCGUUAUUCUCAAGUUGUUUAUGUCGCCGCAUUAGUGAUUCUUGGUGUUUCUGGAAAUAUAAUAUGUGCCAUCGUCUUUUGUACUAAAUCAUUAAGACGCCUUCGUUCAUCAGCAUAUUUAUUUACAUUGGCAUUAAUCGAUGCCUUCUUUAUUCUUGACCUCUUACCUGGUAUGCUUCAUACAGCUUUCUUUAGUGAUCUAUAUCGUAAAAUUCGUUUUAUUUGUUAUAUUCAAACAUAUAUAUCGUUUGUUGCUUCAUUUGUACACAUAUGGAUGGUGCUUGUAUUUACGGCUGAACGAUUUUUUGCCGUAAAUUUUCCAUUGAAACAUAUGUCACAAUGUACACCCAAUUUAUCUCGUAUAGUCAUACUAAUAAUAAUCAUACCUCCAUUUAUAUGUUAUAUUCAUCCAGCAUUUUUUGUAUCUGACGUUGAUAAUAAAGGGCAAUGUCGAGAAAAAGAUGGCUAUGAACGUUAUUUAAAUACUCUUAAUACGAUUGAUACAAUAAUGACAAUGUUUUUACCAUUUAUUCUUGUCUCAAUAUUAAAUAUACUUAUUAUAAGAAAAUUAUUUUGUUCAAAAACAUUUCGUCAACAUGCUUUUGCUAAUGGUUCACGUUAUCAAUGUCAACGUGCAUCAAAUGGAAAAAAGAAAAUAAAUUCAACAUCAAUAAAACAUAUAUCAACAUCAUUAUCACCAAUAAUAGAUCUUACACAGUCAAAUGCAAUAUUAUCACAUCGUUCACAACGUAUUAUUCGUCCAUUUCGUUCAACAAGAAAACAAGAAACAUUAUGUUUAUAUCGAACAUUUAAUAAUACUGAAUCAUCACAACCAAAUAUAAAUGUUAUUAAUGAUACUAAUAAUAAUCUAUUAAAUGAACAACAACAAUCAAUAAAAUUAAAAUCAACAUUGAAAAAAAAUCAAAUAUCAUCAAAACGUCAUGAAUCAGCACAACGACAUGUAUUAACUGAAUUACGUUUAACAAAAAUGCUUUUAGCUAUAUCAUUAACAUGUCUUUCGUUAAAUUUUCCAUCAUAUUAUCUUCGUUUUAUAUUUUUAUAUGAACAUUCACAAGAAAAUUCAGCAUCAAAUAAAACUAUUACUACGACUACUACUACUACAACUGAAACUGACUUUGCUGUUUAUCGGGAUGUUAUUUUUCAUUGUAUGUCGUAUUUAAGUUAUUCAAUUAAUAUUUUUAUUUAUGUAUUAUUUGGUGGAAAUUUUCGUCGUGCUUUAAAACGCCUGUUUUCAUUAACACCAUCACAUUCAGAUCAUUUAAAUACAACUUUACGAAGAAAAAGGUUAUUCAAUAAUGAAAAACAGUAUGGAAAUAUUACUGAUUAUGAUUCAAUAGCAAUGACAUCAACAUCACUCCAUGAUUCUCUACGUGAUUCUUCCAAAUCAUUUAAGUUACGAGAACAAUCUAGUUUACGUCGUUCAUUACAAAAACAACCGAUUUUUACAAGUUAG